GGAUGCCUCGACUAAGCGCAACGCAGCUUCAAAACGUACGGGAGAGACAGGCAAUUGCGAAAGGCCAAAAAAAAAAAAAAAAAAGUGCCGGCGCAUUGAGCGCGAUUUAGGAAGUGAGGGGCCGACAAAUAGCAAUGGGGGAAACGCUCCUCAAGAGGGACGCGUCCGAGAACUGCUCACCCUCAGUCGAGGCCGAAGCGAUAAUGCUCAAUGACAGGAGAGGGAAUGCGACGAAAUCUAAGAAUCGCUCUGGCUAUUUUCUUGUGCUCCAGCCUCUGCCACUCCAACGAUCUCAUAAUGAAUUUUCCGACGCAUAUCCGCGUUAUCAUCAUCAUCAUCAUCAUCAUCACCUGUCUUUUGGCUCAUGCGCUUGAAAUGGCUCCCUGCAGCAUUUGCUUCGAACGUUUCCACUUGCUCACCUCCGGUAAUUUGUCUUUCAUUACGGAUCCUUCCAUAUCGUUUGGUACCACUUCGAUGGUUAUGCUAUUAACGAUUCCUCGAGUUGUGCAUCGCACCCGACUCGUUUAUCAUGCCGAAUCCCGAGCCAUCCUGUAACGUGUCGAAGUUCGGGAGGAGUGGCUUACCGCUACUUGGAGCAGUCAACUACAUUUUUACACUUGCCGCCAAGGACACUGCGAAGCUUGUUCUCAAACUCAUUCACCUCUUGAGCGGUGCGA